ACAUUUUUCGAUAGCUUAUCGUAUUAGAUCGUGUCGUAGAGCAAUAUAUCUCCUAAGCUCGACAACAACUAUCUGUUUACAAAUAAUUGUUAUUACAAUUUUUAUUAAUCAUUUUACUUCUAUUAAUGGUUGUGCGAAAACUAAACAAAAAUGAAGACCCGAUUUUCUACUUUGGACAUAAUGUGUGCUGUCAAGGAAAUUCAAAAGUACAAAGGAAUGCGAUUACAAAGAGUUUAUGACAUUGAUCAUAAAACAUAUUUAUUUAAAUUUCAACGUAAUGAUGAGAAGUGUGUUUUGCUAUUGGAAUCAGGUGUUCGUUUACACGUAACAAAUUAUGAAUGGACUAAAAAUGAUGCACCAAGUAGUUUUAGUAUGAAGUUAAGAAAACAUUUGUCAAAUAAAAGAUUAGAAAAUUUGUCUCAAAUGGGGUUUGAUCGAAUUAUUGAUAUGCAAUUCGGUGUUGGAGAAGCAGCAUACCAUGUUAUUUUAGAGUUGUAUGAUAAAGGCAAUAUUAUUUUAGCAGAUAAAGAUUAUGUGAUGAUAAAUAUUUUACGUCCACAUACUGAAGAUGAAAAACAGAAAUUUUUUGUUAAAGAGGUGUAUCCAAAUGAUAGACCAAAAAUUCGACUCAGCCCACCAAGUGAAAAUGAGUUAAGCCACAUUUUUAAAACUGCUAAACCUUCCACAAACUUGAAAAAAUUUAUUUUUGCAAAUUUUCCAAUUUGUUUAGAUUAUGGUAGCUGCUUAUUGGAACAUAUGUUAGUCAGUGGAGGUCUUUCAGCAAGUACCAAAAUUGGUACUGAUUUUAAUAUUGAUACUGAUUUACAUAAGUUAAUAAAUUGUUUUGUUAUUGCUGAAAAUUUCUUAGAUGAUUUAAAAAAUUUAAAGGAAGGAUUUAUAAUUAAAAAAAUCGAUAAACAAGUAUUACCUGAUGGUACUAUCAAAGAAUUGUGUACAAAUCAAGAAUAUCAUCCAUUUUUGUUUGCUCAACAUCAGUCUUUACCCUUUGCAACAUAUGGAAGUUUUAAUGAAGCAGUAGAUGAAUUUUAUUCAAAUUUAGAAAGUCAGAAAUAUGAUGUUAAAUGCAUGCAACAAGAAAAAGGAGCAGUUAAAAAACUACAAAAUAUUACUAAAGACCAUGAAGAACGCCUUAGGAAGCUUCAAGAAGCUCAAGAUGAAGACAAAAUUAAAGCUGAAUUAAUUACUAAUAAUUUAGAUCUGGUUGACAAUUCCAUACAGUUUAUUAGACAAGCAGUAGCUAAACAAUUGCAUUGGGAUGAAAUUUUGGAUAUGAUAAGACAAUUAAAUUUUGAAGAUGAUGGUAAUACUUAUGCCAUUGUAAAAAAUUUGAAAUUGAAUGUGAAUCACAUUACUCUUGAACUAUUUGAUCCAUAUAAUGAAGAUCAAAAAAAUAAAGAUAGUGGUAAAUUAAUUGAUAUAGAUUUAGGUCAAUCUGCUUAUGGAAAUGCCAAAAAAUACUAUGGAUCCAAAAAACAAUCUGCUAUAAAAGAACAAAAGACUAUUGAAUCAUCAAGUUCAGUUUUAAAAAUGGCUGAAAAAAAAACCAAACAAACAUUGAAAGAUAUGCAAGUUGUUGCAUCUAUAAAUAAAGUCCGCAAAACAUAUUGGUUUGAAAAGUUUUAUUGGUUUAUAUCGUCUGAAAAUUUUUUGGUCAUUGCUGGACGUGAUGCUCAUCAAAAUGAGGUCAUUGUUAAAAGAUAUAUGAAACCAUCAGAUGUGUAUGUGCAUGCUGGUUUUAGUGGUGCUACAACUGUUAUAAUAAAAAAUCCAACAAAGCAGCCAGUUCCUCCAGCCACUCUCAAUGAGGCAGCUGUUAUGGCGAUUUCAUACAGUGUUUCUUGGACUAUGAAAAUUAACUUGCAAAACGCAUUUUGGGUGAAACCUGAACAAGUAACUAAAACAGCACCCACUGGAGAAUAUUUAACUACCGGUAGUUUUAUGAUACGUGGUAAAAAAAAUUAUCUACCUGCAACUCAUCUUAUAUUGGGCUUAAGUUUUCUGUUUAAAUUAGAAGAUAGUUCAAUUCCAAGGCAUGAAAAUGAACGUAAAGUAAAAGGUAUUGAAUUUGAAAAUGUUAUCAAUCCUGAAGAAGAAAAUGAUGAUUUUGAAAAUAUAGCUAGUGAAAAUGAAAGUGAUGAAGAACUAGAGAAAAUAAUUGAAGAGAAAAACACAGUAAAAAAUUUAAGUAAUGAUUAUGAAAACAAUACAGAUUUAAAAAUUCAAGAGAGCAAAAAUCCAGAAGCAGAUAUUAAUCAAGAGUUGAAUUCUAAUAUUCAACUUUCAAAAGAUGUUAAUAUAUCUUCUAACUGUCAUGAAAAAUGUGAAUCUAAUUCUAAAAAUGAACCUGAAUCUUCAGAUAGUGAUGAUGAUAAUGAUGAACAAAAGGAAAACAAUGAAUUGAAUAAAAAAGCUGAAACAGUAAAACCACUAAUUCUAAAACGUGGACAACGAGGAAAGUUAAAAAAAAUCAAAGAAAAAUAUAAAAAUCAAGAUGAAGAAGAUAAAGAAAUGAGAAUCAAAUUAUUACAAUCAUCAAUGAAUGAAAACAAGAAGCUGAAACGAGAAAAAAAGAAAGAGAAGAAAAUUAAAAAAAUUGACAGUAAAAAUAAAUCUGCUGGAAAGAAACAAAUGUUGAUUAAAGUUUUACCUAUUGUUAACGAAUUACCUAAGGAAACUAUUCAGAUUGGUGCACAAGGAGCCCAAGAAAAAUUUGCUGAGAACAAUGACAACUCUGACGACGAAGCAGAUAAAACAACAGAUCCAUCUGAGACACAAAUGUUAGAUUCAUUAACUGGUAUACCAUAUGCUGAAGACGAACUAUUAUUUGCAGUUCCAGUAGUUGCACCUUAUACAGCACUUACUAACUAUAAGUACAAAUUGAAAUUAACACCAGGAAAUACAAAACGAGGAAAAGCGUCAAAGACUUGUUUGAAUCUAUUUUUGAAAGACAAGACAGCAACGACUAGAGAAAAAAAUUUAAUGAAGAGUGUUAAUCUGCAGGAUAUUGCUAGGAAUAUACCAAAUGGAGUUAAAUUAUCAGCUCCAUCUCUUAGUAAAGUACUUAAUAGUAAAUAGUCGAAUAGAUUAUAUUUUGACUUUUGUAAAUAUUAAUAAUUG